AACUUUUGAAAAACAAAGUUAAGAUGUUAGCAAAAAUCUUACAUCUAGAAGAGUUAAAAGAUUAACACAAAAUUCUUCAAUUCUGGAUAAUUAUGAUCUUUGUGUUAUUCUUUUCAGAAGGUAAUUUUUUUUUUCAUUUUUAAAAUUUAAUGUAAUUUGUAUUUAGAUGCUGCUAGAUUUUGUGAAAUUAUAUGUCAUCUAAAGAAUUUUUUCUAUACUUAUUUUUCUCCAACCUAAGAAACUUUAUGAAGUAUAAUAAUAUAUUAUAUCUUAAUCAAAUCUUAGUAAAUUGGUCGAGAAUAAUAUGAAACAUAUUUUGUUGAACGAGAUACCUUUUGCCUUCAAUCUAAAAGGUCGGUAGAAUAGAAAAAUAGAAAUGGAAAAUAAAAGAUUGAGUCCCAACUAACCAAAUUCUACUUGAUUUUCUUCUUCUUCUAAGCAGCAUAUAUGACGCCUUCACAAACAACAACGGUAGAGGAGGAAAUGGCUUUUUCCUCAGUUUGUUUCUUUUUCGUUUCCAUGGCAGUUCUAUCCGAAAUUCUCUUAAUAUCUCCUUCAGCCUUAACAUCCACAAAGUAUAUUGAUGCGAUAUGCCAACAUGUGGAAAACGGUACCUUCUGCAUGCAAAUGUUGAGAACCUAUCCUCCCGCGGUUUCUGCCACCGACUUGUUUUCACUCGCUAACAUCGUGAUCAACCUCGGCAUAUCCUACGCCAACAACACGGGGGGUUAUGCCGCCGAGACAGCAAAGAGAGAGCCUACAUUGAAGGCGCAGUUCAAUUCAUGCCAGCAUGAAUAUGACGGUAUUCAAUUGUAUCUAAGAAUGGCAAGGGGGGAGCUCAAGGAAUCUCCAAUGAGUGCAAACUAUGACAUUUUCCGUUGUACGGACAUCACCAUGUACGUGAAAGAUUUGGUCGGGGGAAACAGAGACACCGCCUCGAAAACGUUCAUGGAGAUGACAUUGCAAAUGGAAAACCUUAUUGAUGUCGCCAUUGGAGCGACAGUAGCUCUUGGCGGGUGAAUAUGACACAUACAGUCGUGGUUGGUGUUAAAAGCUGGCUCAGGUUUUCAAUUUAUAGUUUGCAUUUCUUCAAAAUUGUAAUGAUUUAAUUUUCUGCAACGAAAAUCAAUACUCCCUCCGUUUUCGAAUAGUUGUCGU